AUGUUCAGCCUCAUAUGUACUUACAGCAGCAAGGUGUUCCGUGUCACCUUCCUGACUCUGGCUGUGUCUGUGGCUGUGCCACUGCUUGGGGUGACUGUUCUCCUGGAUUGUCCUAUAGACCCUCAGCCCAUAAGCUUGAAGGAGCCUCCCCUCCUGACGGGUGUUUUAGAGCCCAACACCAAGUUACGAAAAGCUGAACGGCUGUGGGAACACCAGCUGGUUGGACCAGAGUCCAUUGUCCAUAUUGGGGAUGUUCUGUUUACUGGGACAGCUGAUGGGAAGAUUAUCAAAAUUGAAGAUGGGGAAAUACAAACAAUAGCCAGAAUUGGCCACGGUCCUUGUGGAGGCCGUGGGGAUGAACCAACGUGUGGAAGGCCACUUGGCAUGAGAGUGGGGCCAAAUAACACCCUGUUUGUGGCAGAUGCUUAUUAUGGACUCUAUGAAGUUGAUCCUGAUACAGGUGAAACAAAAACGCUUGUGUCAACCAAAACGCCGAUAGAAGGCCAGAAAUUGUCAUUUGUAAAUGACCUGACAGUGACCAGAGAUGGGAGGAAAAUCUUCUUCACUGACUCCAGCAGUAAAUGGCAAAGACAAGACUAUUUGUUCCUGGUUAUGGAAGGCACAGAUGAUGGGCGCCUCCUUGAAUAUGACACAGUGACAAAAGAGGUGAAAGUCUUAAUGGUGGGGCUGAGGUUUCCUAAUGGUGUGCAGCUCUCUCCUGCAGAAGACUUUGUCCUGGUGACAGAGACAGCCAUGGCUAGAAUCAGAAGGUAUUAUGUGUCUGGGCUGAUGAAAGGUGGAGCAGACAUGUUUGCUGAGAAUAUGCCUGGUCUUCCAGACAAUAUCAGGUUAAGCAGCUCUGGAGGAUAYUGGGUAGCUAUGGCAGCUGUGCGACCCAAUCCUGGAUUUUCAUUGUUGGACUUUUUAUCUGAAAAACCAUGGAUUAAAAGGAUGAUAUUUAAGUUGCUGAGUCAGGAAACUGUGAUGAAAUUUGUGCCCAAAUAUAGCCUUGUUGUUGAACUGAGUGAGACAGGAUCCUACAAAAGAAGCUUCCACGAUCCCAAUGGAGUGACAGUGGCUUAUGUCAGCGAGGCACACGAACACAACGGGCACCUUUACCUGGGCUCCUUCCGCUCUCCCUGUKUGUGCAGACUCGAUCUCCAGCAUGUUUAACUGCCCAUCCAUGAUGAAUUCCUGCUGUCCUGUGCCACUCCAGAGGUGUGGCAUGCAGAGGAAGCGUGUGCUUGAGGCAGUGUGUGACAAAAAGGACARAAAGUGACAGGCAGUCUGUAAAGGUGCAGUAGCACUGAGGCCAUAGGAAAACAUCCAGCUUGCUGCACCUGUCCCCUGUCUUGGCUGGCUGCUCAUGCUCUGGAGUUGGUCUGCAUCRUUGUUUGUAUCUGAGGACUGUGAUGAGGCAUCUUCAUUCAGUUCUUUGUUCCUCCAAGAAAAUCCAUUGCUUUUCCAUGCCCAGCCUCGUUCGGAGUCACCCUGAACAGAGACCAUACGUCACCUUUAAUGCAACUGUGUGUCUUCUUACACAGGGAGGAGUUGUGAUGGCUGGAAUUUAAUUGUGUGUCAUUKGGGUGGAAGAGGGUGGCUUGCAUGUGUUUAUUUCUGUUUUCGUGCCUCCUGUUUAGGAGUGAUUGCAGUGCAUGUUCCAAUGUCAUGCCAUGGUGCUGUGCUAGGGGCAGCACCAUCCAGGACAUGCCUAGGAGAUCUAGUUAUGCCAUUUGGGUUUUUUCAGUCCCAACCUGUGUAAACAACAUCAGACAUUGCAAUUAACUUAAUCAACAUGCAGAAUCAAAUUGGA